UGAUUAAAGCCUAAGUAUCUACGCGUUAUCUUUACUUGUUUCUUUCGUUAUAAAUUCAUAACUCGGUGUGACAAUUGAUGCAGUGCUUCAUAAAAUUACUGCUUGUUGGUUCAUGUUGAAGUUUUUGGGGUGAAAAAAUGUUUCUGGCACUUGCGUUACUAUUUUUGUGGCUGUUUUACAAAUGGUCGGUGAACAAUUUGGAAUAUUUUAAGAAGAUCGGAGUGCCAUAUGAGAAACCUCUACCGCUAUUUGGUAACGCUCUGGGUCUGCUUCUGAAGAAACAGAGUUUUAUCGAUCUGACCAGGAAUAGCUACUACAAAUUCAAAAACUCCUCAAGAAUUUUCGGGUUUUUCAACUUCCGGCAAAUAAAUUACUUCAUCACCGAUCCAGAAUUGAUAAAGAGAAUCACAAUUAAAGAUUUCGAACACUUUACGAAUAAAGACAGUCCGAUGGCCCAUGCUGACAAAGUUUUCAGUAGAAUUUUACCGUUCCUUCGCGAUAAAGAAUGGACAGAUAUGAGAUCAACGUUGAGUCCAAUAUUCACCAGUUCUAAGAUGAAGAUGAUGUACGGACUGCUAUCCGAUCAAGCGAGAGAUUUCGUAAACUUUUUCGAAGAAAAGUCACAGCGAGGCGAAACGCUCGAAAUGGAUGCGAAAAAUAUUUUUGCUCGCUUUACGGCCAAUGGAAUCGCAACAUCCGCUUUGGGCUUUGAAGCUGAUUGUGUGAGAAACGUCGACAGUGACGUGUUCAAAUUGGUUGGAACUUUCAUUAACGAAGCCACCGAUACAUUGACGAUAUUGAAAGGAUUCCUAUUCAUGACGAUUCCAAGUCUUUACAAACUUUUAGGAUUUCGGCUACUAAGUAAGGAAAUGUACAAUUUCUUCAAACGGGUCGUGAUUGACCAAAUGGACGAACGAGAUCGUAACAAAACUUCGCGGCCAGACAUCAUUCAAUUAAUGCUUCAACUGAAGAAAGGCCAAUUGAGACAGGAUAAGGAAAACGAAGUCAACGAUAAGGAACUGAUCAAUUUCUCCGCUAACGUCGAAUACGAGGCCAGCUCAAAGGGAAAAAGUACAAGCCAAUUUACGGACGACGAUUGGAUCGCUCAGGGUUUUGUUUUCUUCGGAGCUGGCUUUGAUACCACAUCUACCUUGCUACAAACGACUUGCUAUGAACUGAUGAAAAAUCCAGACAUUCAGCUUGAACUGUACAACGAAAUCGAUUCGGUUGCCUCAACACUGGACGGCAGGUCUGUUAGUUUUGAAGCACUGCACAAGAUGACAUUUUUAGACAUGGUUGUCUCGGAAGGAUUAAGAAAAUGGCCACCGAUUAUACAAACGAAUCGAAUCUGUACGAAAGAUUACUUUGUUCCGUUGGGAAACGGGUCAACCAUCACGAUCAAAAAGGAUCAGCAAAUUUUGUUUCCAUAUUUUCACAUCCAAAAUGAUCCAGCCUACUUCCCCAAUCCGGAAAAAUUCGAUCCGUAUAGGUUCGCUAACGAAAACAAGGAUUCUAUCGUACAGGGAAGUUAUCUCCCAUUCGGAUUGGGCAGACGAAAUUGCAUUGGAAGUCGCUUUGCAUUGAUGGAAGCAAAACUCUUACUUUUUCAUCUGGUCCACAAAUUUUCAAUUGAAAAAUGUGUGAAAACACCGGAAACCAUAAAACAUAAGGAAGGCUUCAUGCCAAGUAUUAAGGAAACUGUUUACCUUAAAUUUGUACCACGAAAAUAGGGUAAGCCAGUGAAAUAAGAAAAUUGUUUUAAUAAAACAAGGCAUCAGAACAGUCGGAGCGUUUGCUGCGACUUAGCCCCGU